UUUGGUCGUCGGGUGAGAACUGAAGAAGAAAGCGGGAAAACACGAACGAGUUCCGUACGAAAAGACCAGAAGAACCGCCCAGCUCCGCAAUAUCAGGAAGACGACGACCUCCAUCUCUUUCUUUCCCCCUCAAAUCUCGAGGCUUGAUAGAUGCCACAGGAAGAUGGCAGCAAAACAUACACUGUGGACGAGGCUCUUGUGGUCUUGGGGUUUGGACAUUUCCAUGUUCUCGUGCUUUCUUAUGCAGGAAUGGCUUGGAUUUCUGAAGCCAUGGAGAUGAUGCUGCUUUCUUUUGUUGGGCCGGCUCUUCAAUCCGCUUGGGGUAUCUCUUCUCAUCAGCAGAGCCUCAUUACUAGUGUUGUCUUUGCGGGCAUGCUCAUUGGUGCCUAUUCAUGGGGCAUUGUUUCAGAUAAACAUGGUCGGAGGUUGGUCUUCCUAUUUUUGCCCUUUUGUUUUACUGUAAUACAAAUUUUCAUAAUGUUCUUUGUCCAAUUCUUGAUACCCUCUUUUAUGUGUCUUCAUGAUUCCUAUUCCUCUUUGACUUUAAUUUACGUUUUUUUUUAAUUCCUUAUUCCUGCUCCAAACAGAGGUACUUGGAUGGUUAUUUUUUCAGCUUUUUGGACUAUUGGAACAGUUGUUGAGGCUUCACUUGCAUGGUGUAUUAUGCCAACACUGGGAUGGAGAUGGUUACUUGCACUGUCUUCUAUCCCUUCAUCCCUUCUCCUUGUGUUCUACUGGGUAGCACCCGAGUCCCCGCGAUUUCUAUGCUCGAAAGGGAGAACAACUGAAGCACUCAGUAUUUUGGAGAAAAUAGCGAGACUGAACGGAACAAAACUCCCUCCCGGUACUCUUAUUUCUGAUCACCAAAUUGAGUUACAUGAAAAUAAUCCUGCAUCAGAAGAUGCACGUUUCCUCUCACCUAGAGUAAACGAAGAUGAAACCUCUAAGGAAAAGAAUUCUAACGUGGGGGGUCUCUCAUCCCUAUUAGUGCUUCUUUCCCCAAAAUUACUCAGAUCUACCUUGCUUCUGUGGUUUGUAUUUUUUGGGAAUGCUUUUUCUUAUUACGGCCUCGUGCUGCUGACCUCUCAGUUGAACAAUGGCCAUAGUAAAUGUAUACCAAAGGAAUUGCAGGCAGAAAAAUCACAGGAUAUCAGCUAUAGAGAUAUUUUUAUCACUAGUUUUGCAGAAUUACCCGGGCUCCUUAUAGCUGCCUUCACAGUAGAUAAACUGGGUCGCAAGCGUUCCAUGUCAACCAUGUUCUUUGUGUGUUGCAUAUGUCUUUUCCCAUUAGUCGUCCAUCAGACUCAGAACUUAACGACUGGCCUUCUGUUUGGAGCUCGCACGUGCAUCACAGCAACCUUUACAAUCGUCUAUAUAUAUGCUCCAGAGAUAUAUCCAACCUCAGUCCGAACAUCCGGUGUUGGACUUGCGAGCUCUGUCGGAAGAAUUGGUGGAAUGACAUGUCCUCUUGUGGCAAUCGGAUUAAUACACGGAUGCCAUCAAACCGCGGCCGUUAUUCUUUUUGAGAUUGUAGUUUUCCUUUCAGGAAUCUGCGUACUCCUCUUCCCACUUGAAACCAAGGGUCGUGAAUUGACUGAUCAUGUACUACUACCUCAAAAUAACUAAAACCAACAGUAAUAGUGGACCAAAAGUGACUCAGAUUUUUGUGCAAUGACACGUUUUGCAGAAAAAUGAAAGAGAACAUAAUUCUGUUGCUUACGAAAUUCUUGCUCUGCAAAGUGAAAGCACUAAAUUGUAACUUCUAUGCACUCAGAUUUUCUUAGACGUAAAAGCUGGAGGAGAUCUUGGAAUUAGAGUACUCUCCAAUUGGAGAAACUCAUCGAAAGUACUUUUUAAAGACCAGCAUAUAUCUUGAGCUAGAAUUAUUAUUCACAUUUUUAAUGAAUAAUCAGAUACUUGAAUAG